AUGCAUGGGCGUAUACUCUCUCUACGUCAAGACGCCAACCACCUGCAUUAUAGAUCUUUAUUUGCAAAGGCAGCUCCUGGGACGGCACCGCAGGAUUCCCUAGUCGAUGAUGACACAGAAGCACUGAUCCGCCAUUACUUUAAUUUAGAGCCCAAUCUCUCUGAUUUGUACGAACAGUGGGCGAAAGGAGAUGCCAAUUUCAAGAAGAAAGCGUUGCAUUUUACUGGAAUCCGUAUCCUCCGCCAGGAUGCAUGGGAAGCCUUGGUCUCCUUCAUCUGCAGCAGCAAUAACAACAUAGCCCGGAUUUCCCAAAUGGUGGAAAAGCUAUGUGUUAAUUAUGGCUCCUUGAUUGGACAUAUUGAUGAGCAACCGUAUUAUGAUUUCCCACCACCUUCGGCACUAACCGGCCGAGAGGUUGAAACUCGUCUCCGUCAACUUGGAUUUGGAUAUCGAGCCAAAUAUAUCUACCAAACCGCUAAGAUGGUUGCAAAUGAACGUGAGCAGGGAUGGCUAGACUCGCUGAGAAACCCUGAACGCCCUGCAUAUGGCGGAGUACCCGCCCACGCCGGUAAAAUGGAAGGGCAAGGAAGGCUUGGGUAUCGGGAUGCCCAUAGAAACCUUCUUGAACUUCAAGGCGUUGGUCCGAAAGUCGCUGAUUGCGUAUGCUUGAUGGGUCUGGGAUGGGGAGAGGCUGUGCCUGUUGAUACUCAUGUUUGGCAAAUCGCCCAACGGGACUACAAAUUUGGCAAAGGCAAACAGAAGAGCCUUACCAAGGCGACGUACGACGGCGUAGCAGAUCACUUUCGAAAGCUUUGGGGCAAAGAGGCAGGCUGGGCCCAUAGUGUGCUAUUCACCGCGGAUCUAAAAACUUUCUCUGAUCGUAUGAUUGCGAAAGUCGAAGUAAAGGAGACGGCAGCAAAAUCUUUCAAUGGGUUGAUCAAGGAAGAAUCUGACGGUGAACAAAAGACAAAGCUGAAGCUGACAACUCGUGCUGCUGUUAAGCGAGAGUUAACUGCUGAUAUGAGUGAUCCAACCAGUUCCUCAAAGGAGGAGGUGGGCCGAGAAGCAACUACGAAACGAAAGAGAACUCGACGGGGAUGA